GUCGUUUCUCUAUUUCCUACACGGCGUCGUUUUCCAGCUCGUAAAUUGUUUUUAUAGAUCCCUAAACUGAAACUGAUCGAGCUCGUUCAAAAAUGGAAGCCGAAGACGACGAAUUCGGAACCGCCGCCGCACCACCGCCGCGGAGGUCGAUCUGCGGGAACUGCGGCCGGCCGAGGCGGGUCUGCCUCUGCGGCUCUCUCCCGGCGCAGCCCAUCCCAACCCGGACGCAAGUCAUAAUCCUCCACCACCCCCACGAGGCGCAGCACAAGCUCUCCACGACCCCAGUCCUCACCAGAUGCCUCGCCAACUCCAGCGCCAUCGUCGGCCGCCGCCUCCGCCCCGGCCUCUCCCCGCUCCUGGACCAGUCCCCCUCCGCCGUCUACCUCUUCCCGCCCUCCAAAUCCUCACCGUCCGUUAGCUUAUCAGGCCUCCUCGAGUCCUCCUCCCCGCCGCAGGUGAUCAUAGCCUUCGACGCCACGUGGCGGCACGCGAGGGAGAUGGUGAGGGCGAGCGAGGGGUUUCUGGGGGGAUUUGCGGCGCGGAGGGUGAGUUUGGAUUUGGAGGUGGAUGAGGGGGUGAGGGGAGGGAGUAUAUACGACUCGGAGCUGAUUCUGAGGAAGGAGCCGUGCGGUGGCUGCGUCAGUACUAUGGAGGCGGUGGCGAGGGCGCUGAGGGUGGUGGAGCCCAACGGGGCGGAGAUUGAGAGGAGGCUUAUUGCGGUUUUGAGGGACAUGGUGGCGCUGCAGGCGGGGUUUCUUAAGCCGGUCAAAGAGAGGGUCAAGUUGUUGAAGAAAGGCAAGGAGGAACAACAGAGGAGGAGCAAGGAGUGAGUUAGUCUGAGCAAGCGUAUCCAUGUACUAGAAUCUUCGGGAAAUUCGAUUCCAAGUAUCCAUACCGGAAUCGGAUUACCUUUGGCCAAGUGGAAAUUCUUUCCCUACUUGAUUAGGGUUUGCCGUUAAGACCUACUAUAUAUGUUUUU